GUGCAGAUUAUUAAUAAGAAGCUGGACUUUAGCAGCGUUCAAUCCAAGUGUGGCUCAAAGGAUAAUAUCAAACACAUCCCGGGAGGAGGCAGUGUUCAAAUUGUUUACAAGCCAGUUGACCUGAGCCAUGUGACAUCCAAAUGUGGUUCCCUGGGCAACAUCCAUCACAAACCAGGUGGUGGCCAAGUGGAGGUGAAAUCUGAGAAACUGGACUUCAAAGAUAAGGUGCAAUCGAAAAUUGGGUCCUUAGAUAACAUCAGCCAUGUCCCUGGAGGAGGAAAUAAAAAGAUUGAGACUCAUAAGCUGACUUUCCGUGAGAACGCCAAAGCCAAGACUGACCACGGCGCCGAAAUUGUCUACAAGUCCCCCACCAUCUCCGGAGAUGCCUCCCCACGCCGCCUUAGCAAUGUCUCCUCCACCGGCAGCAUCAAUAUGGUGGACUCCCCCCAGCUCGCCACGUUAGCCGACGAAGUGUCUGCUUCGCUGGCCAAGCAGGGCUUGUGAUCGGGGCAUGGCGAGCGAAGAUGAGAGAAGACAAGGGGAAAAAAAAAAAAAAAAAGAAAGAAAAAUAAUAAUCUGG